GGCUACAAAUAUCUAUAUAUAAUCUAAACCUAACAAUUUUCGCCCACCAAAUUUUGAAAAGACGUAGGUCAAAGCGACGACGACGGAGAAUGGCGUCUUUUGUACCUACCAAACAAUUUCUCGGAGCUCCGUCUUCCUCCGAUGUCGGAUCCUCCCGCCUUGGAUCUCUUCAGCUGCCUUCUAAGCUCUCAUUCUCCAAUCUUCAUAUCCUAUCUCGUCCUUCACACCCCAAACGGCUAGAAAUACAGGCUGCUGGUAGUACAUAUGGAAAUUACUUCCGUGUUACAACUUUCGGAGAAUCACAUGGUGGUGGAGUUGGUUGUGUUAUUGAUGGAUGCCCCCCUCGUCUCCCACUUUCUGAAUCUGAUAUGCAGGUGGAACUUGACAGGAGGAGGCCAGGUCAAAGCCGAAUUACCACACCUAGGAAAGAGACUGACACUUGCAAAAUAUCAUCAGGCAUUGCCGAUGGGAUGACUACUGGAUCCCCAAUCAAGGUUGAAGUACCUAACACUGAUCAGAGAGGAAAUGACUACAGUGAAAUGUCCCAGGCUUAUAGGCCAUCUCAUGCAGAUGCUACUUAUGACUUCAAGUAUGGAGUAAGAUCCGUACAGGGGGGUGGUAGAUCAUCAGCAAGAGAAACCAUUGGGAGAGUUGCUGCUGGAGCCGUUGCUAAGAAAAUUCUCAAACUUUAUUCUGGAACUGAGGUUCUUGCUUAUGUUUCUCAAGUUCACCAAGUUGUACUUCCUGAGGAUUGGAUUGAUCAUCAGACUGUGACUCUAGAGCAGAUAGAAAGCAAUAUUGUCCGAUGCCCAGAUCCAGAAUAUGCAGAGAAGAUGAUUGCUGCUAUUGAUGCUGUACGAGUGAGAGGGGACUCUGUUGGUGGAGUUGUAACUUGCAUUGUUAGAAAUGUCCCACGGGGUCUUGGUACACCAGUCUUCGAUAAACUUGAAGCUGAGCUAGCUAAAGCUUGCAUGUCAUUACCUGCAACAAAGGGUUUUGAGUUUGGAAGUGGCUUCGGAGGCACAUUCAUGACUGGUAGCGAGCAUAAUGACGAAUUCUAUAUGGAUGAGCAUGGCCGAAUCAGGACAAGAACCAACAGAUCUGGUGGUAUCCAGGGCGGUAUAUCAAAUGGAGAAGUUAUCAAUAUGAAAAUAGCUUUCAAGCCAACUUCAACUAUUGCUAGGAAGCAGCAAACUGUGACGCGAGAUAAACAUGACACAGAACUCAUUGCUAGGGGUCGCCAUGAUCCUUGUGUAGUUCCCCGAGCUGUUCCAAUGGUUGAAGCAAUGGUAGCCCUGGCGCUUGUGGAUCAGCUAAUGGCUCAUUAUGCACAGUGUAUGCUGUUCCCAAUUAAUCCUGCAUUGCAGGAACCUUUGCAGUCAUCAACACCCGAGUCAGCUGAGGUUACCCUCUGAAUGGAGCUGAGCAGCUUUUGUACCUUCAGACAACUUGUUGAAGGUCUUCAAGUUUCUUUAUUUGAAGAGUGUAAUUUCAUCAACACCUUAGGAGUUUUACUGUUUAGAGGAGAUAUCUCCUUUUUGCCUCUUUGUCACUCAUGGGUAAGGCGGGACCUAUCUUUAGUGCAUUUACAUCAAUGUAAAAUUGUGCGCCAUGUAUUGGGCAAUUUUAGGUUUUUAUUCAAUUUAAAGCCACAUGUUGUGGCUUUGUACUUCUCCGUCUGCUAUUGUUCAGUUUUUUUUCUUCCAGUAAAAUAGUAUUGUAACCUGUAUGAAUAUAUUCCUGGCACGUGAAAACUUAUUGAAAUAAAUUUGCUCAGCCA